AAGGAACUCGACAUACUUAUCAAGAAAUACACGCAAGUAGCCAAUAAAUUGGAGUAAUAUGCGAGAUAAAGUUAGAAGAGAUAAAAGAUAAUUAAAGUGUCCUACUUAAGACUUUUGGCCUGAGGUUGUAGCUCAUUCAAUUGACCCAAUUCAUCAGCUAGCUUGAGUUUCUGUAAUGCUUUGCUGGCUAGCUGACCAGAAGUGAAACAAGUACGACCUUAGUAUGGACAAUAGCACCUUUUAUGUCAGGGAAAGAGGCAACCUUCGUCGUGUCGGUGACAUAGUCCUUGCACAGCCAAAGCCAGUGUCGUCGUGCAGAAGGACAAACCCGUUUGUGUUGAGAAAAGAGCAUUUUAUAUUCACCUAUAAUGCAGAGGGAAGUCUGAGAUACACCACGAAAUCUCUGUUUGACAUCACCCUCAUGUUCGUAGCUGACAACAUCCACCAUGUAGACUCUCUGGUUGGUUUCCCUGAACAAAUAGGAGACAGACUUUUUGCAGCAGCAGAAGAGAAUCGUAUAUUUGUAAACCCAGAUAUUUCUCCUAAAGCCCUGCAGUUAUUCAGUGAUGCAUAUGGCGAAAUGGUGCUUGGAUCCCUCUGUCUUAGAAAUAGGUUUCCACUUUUGCAUGAGAGGAUGGAUGAAAUUAAAACAUUUCAUAGUUUGAAGUGUCUGGACCUGUUUGGAUGCAGACUGGGGGAUGAUCACGAGAUGUUCCGGCAUCUAACAUCCAGCUCACUGGCAAACAGCUUGAUUCAGCUUUUCAUCGGUGGUAACAGUCUGUCAGACGUCGGCCUGCAAAGAUUGACUUCACCCAUUCGGAUGAUGAGGAAAGGACUAGACUGUCUUCAGUUCCUGGAUGUUUCCUACAACCCUGUCUCAGAAAGGGCUCUCAGAUACCUCACCUGCCUCCCCAAACUUGAAAAACUUGAUGCAUCUGGGACCAAUAUGAAGCUUGGCAGAGGAUUGAAGUCAACCAUAUGGGACCUGCUGGGACUCAUUUAUUCUGAGGGACCACUGGACACAUUUGAUCACUCGAGAUGUAAAACAGAAGGUUGGGCCGAGCAGGUUGUAAACCAGUGGGAAGCAAAUAACACACAAAUGCCGAAGCAGAAGAAAAUUGAGGAAUCUAGAAUAUCAGCGCUUCGCUUUUUUGGCAGGCAGAAGUUUGUCAGAGAAGUACUGAAUGCUGCACCCUUGGUGAGUGAAAGGGAGGAAGAAGCCAGCAGAGAAAGACUGCAUUUCUACAAACCGGCAACCAACAAUCACAUACCAGAAAAAACAAUUAUUUCUGCAACCAAUCAUCAAGCGAAGACUCCUUGGCAAAAUGUCAAGAAAAGGCAGCGUCAAUCAGAAAGGUGUGACAGUACACAUCAAAGUCCUCCGACUAAACGUACGUCCUCAUCAGCUCUUACUGCCGAGGACAUUGACUUGUUGAACAGCUAUUGAGGAUUCAUGUAGCAUUCCUCAAAGAGCAGCAUGAGCAUGUCUGUUGAUGGGUGACAUUUUGCCUCAAAGGAACCAGAAUGAUGAGAUUAAAACUGGUGAACUGUACUUGAGCAU